GCCAAAGGUUAUCUGGCUGCUCUGUUCUCUGACACGCUAAGAUUCAAAAUAUAUCACGUAUUCCGAAAACAUACCGCCUCGCUUAGGUAAGUGAAUGCACUGCGCUCUUCGACGUUAUCACUAAACGACUGGUUUGGUACCUAACACUACCAGGAAAGAAGAGUCGACUUGAGACACUGUCUUCACUAAGUGACCGUUCGACUUCCACCGAGCAGAAGAUUUGCGCAAAUUUUUCAAGGUAAAUGUUGCUAGUGAGGACAUGAAGUUGGCGCUUUUAAUAACCGUUCAAAAUGCCUUCCUGUUAGCUAUCUAUGGGCAGUUAAGAAUUACACCUUGGAGAAACAGAGAUUGUACAAGGAUGACCCAGGCCUGUGAUCGGAUAACGCGUGGCAUCCAAGGAAUACCCGGGCCUCCAGGAAUCAAUGGGAGCCCGGGUGAACCGGGCCAGGCGGGACCCGCAGGACCAAAGGGGUUUAGAGGACCUCCUGGAAGAUCUAGACCUGGCCCUCCAGGACCAGCGGGGCCACCCACGGGUCAACGCCCGGGUCCCUCAGGGGAUCGCGGUGAGAGUGGAAGGAGAGGAAACCCUGGGGACCGUGGAGACAAUGGAGAGAAUGGACAAAGGGGAAGGAAAGGAUUCAAGGGGUUUGAUGGGGAUAAGGGAAGGAUAGGCCCCGAGGGAAGCCCUGGAGAACAAGGUCCCCCUGGGAUGACAGGGUCCGCCGGCACAAUGGGAGCUUGGACGCGCUGCUCCUGGGAGUUAAACCGCAAUAAAGAUAACGGGCUGCUGAAGGAAUGUAUUUUCUCAAAAAAAGACCCCAACUCAGUAUUGCACGUGGUAUAUGAAGGCAAUCUACAGAUCGGUCUUUGCCAGGACUGUUGCAAGCGUUGGUACUUUAUAUUCGACGACGCCGAGUGUAACAACCCAGGCCCUGUCGACGCGAUAAUGUCGGGAGGUCUGGGUCGUAACUACCCGUUUUACUCUUAUGGAAGAAUCGAAGGCUUUUGUGAAAGAAGAUUUUCUUCAGGGCUAGUUCGAAUUGGACUGCAAAUGGAGAACUGUAAGACUUUUGCGAGCUCUACGUUACCUUACAAUAUACAACUUUAUAAGCGUUAUGGAAGCAUACUCAUUCGAGAAAUUCCUCCAGCGCAAAUUCCCGUGAUCGUGACGCGCGCGCUUAAUCGGACGGAGAUGAUGGCAAAAUUUUCUCUAUUAUUUCUGUCUUUCGUCGUAUUUAAGACAAUUUUUGCCCAAAGGGAUAUUGUGUGGACACCAUCAGAAUGUCGCAAGAUGAUGGAAUCGUGCGAGCUGCUUUCUGGUCUUCCCGGACCCCGCGGACCGAUUGGAGCCCAAGGUUUUAAAGGGGCCCGGGGACCAAGAGGUCCAUUAGGUGACAGAGGGUUACCGGGAGAACCCGGUGAUUCCCCACAGGGAGGUGGUGGUUUUCCUGUGAAAGGAUCAAAAGGGGACCUUGGAGAAAGAGGGGCGAAAGGGGCAAAGGGAAUUAAGGGGGAACCAGGGAUACCCGGAGGCUCAGGAGCGCUAGGAUCGUGGGGACCCCCGGGGAUAUCAGGAGAUAAAGGAGAAGUUGGCGAGACUGGACCCCGAGGGAUCACUGGAGACCCUGGAGUCAGCGAGCUGAACUGGAAGCAAUGUGUGUUCAAACCCGAUAUAAAUACACCAAAAGGAGAAUUGUCUUUCUGCUCGUUUCUUAAAAAGCACAGCGACACCUCACUUCAUGUCACCUACCAGGGAGAGACACACAUCGGUCUGUGUGAGACCUGCUGCAAAACUUGGCACUUCACGUUUGACAACUUGACGUGCACAGACCCUGGAAACAUCAAUGCCGUGUUCAGCGCCUUGAACUUAGCCGCUGGUGGUGAAAGAAGUUCUCUUCCAGUGUUUAUGCACGGAACGAUCUCCGGGUACUGCAACUCAGUCCUUGGGGGCCUGGUUCGCAUAGGAGUCUCACUGGAUGAUUGCCCCGGAUAUCCCAGUAACAAGCAGAAUAUUUCUGCAGUUAUGCAGCCGAACAGUCGAUUGAUUGUAACAGAGGUUUCCGCCCCGCAACGUUAAAUAUGCGAAUAUUAUUUUAAAAAGUUUGUUAAAAUCUGCUUGCUAGUUCUUUCAGUACUCUGUAGUUUGGAUCAGUUUCAGUAUCUAAGCAACUGCGUACCUGCCCCUCACCUGACCCAACACUAACAGGAUCGUAGCUAGGGGGGUCCUGGGGUGCCCUUCCCCUCUUUUUUUGUAAGCCUAAUUUUAAGUAAAACACGGCAUGGAAGUCGACAUGACAGUCUGGUAAGUACCCCCUGUUUGACACAGUGUGACUUCCCCCCCCCGCUUUUGCAAAAUGAUCCUGGCUAAGCCCAUGACAAAACCUAACUUGUUAUCAGUUGACUGUUAGGGGAGGGAUAGAUGCGCUGCUGCUCAGAUACUGAAGUUGAUCCACAUUUUCAUUGGAUACUGUAGCAAGUAACACACCAGCGUACAGUAAAACAUGCCAAGAGCAACAGA